AUGGCAACGUCAAUAACAAUUGGUCAUCCGUCAUUUUCGGCAUUCAAACCAUACCUACGACUUGCUAAUCAAACUAUCGAUAAUACGACAAGUUAUAGCAAUGAUGCUACUACAUACAUCACAGCAAAUCUCGACAAAUCAUUGGCAUCUGUUAAUGUAACUUCAACGACAAGGCGACGACAACGGACAACUUUUACAUCUGUGCAAGCAGAUACAUUGGAAAAGGAAUACCUCACAGAUCAGUACAUGCCACGAAGUAGACGAUUGUUGAUUGCUCGAUCAUUAGGUUUAAAUGAGAGUCAGGUGAAAACAUGGUUUCAGAAUCGUCGAGCCAAAGAUAAACGCAAUGAUAAAAAUGCCACUUUGCUCAGGCAUACCACCAGUUCAAAUGCAUCUUCACCACCAGAUUCAUCACCUGAAGUCAAUGAAAACAACUCUGCACUAAUCCAGCAUUUAUGUUCCAAAACAUUCAACCAGAUGCAGUUAACACUUCGAUAA